GUUCUAUUAUAAGAGUCCUCAGCCAAAGCUGCUGAGAUAAUCACAGCUCAACCGAGGGACCUGAACAUUUUCACCUGUUAAACUGCAGCUUUAGGUCUUGAUAAUCGGAUCCGACAUGCAUCCGCUCUCUGACACCAUGAGCUGGACUUUCUGUUAUGACUGGAGGGGCCUCGAUCCCUUCAUGUGUCUGUGAGUCGUGACCUGACUCCGGUGAGCAGACACCUCGCCCACCACCGACCCAUAAAAGAGACCAGAGCGGCACCAGUUGAGUUGUGGAUCUAGAUCGGGGCGGAGCCAGGUCACCUAGCGUCACUCAGUGGAGAUCAUGGCCCGACAGCCCCCUCUUGAAUCCACAUUAACAUUCAAUGGAUCCAUAUUUUCACUUGAGAAUCAGUUCUCUGAAGAUGUGAUUCAAACACAGACGGAAGGAGCUCAGACCAACGCACACGAGGAACACAAAUCUGCUGAAGUGAAGCUGACAGGGAGCAACUGACACAUAGAGAGUGUGUGUGUGUGUCUGUGUGUGGCCGUGUGGCCGUGUGUGUGUGUGUGGGUCGACAGGAAUCAUCCGCUGCCUAAAAUCGUAAAAUAUUACGACUUGAUUCUUGUAAUGUUCUGACUUUAAUUGAAAAAUCACCACUUUACAAUUGAAAUAUGACUUUAUUCUCAUUUUGUGUCCCUCUCAGUGGCUCUAAUACUCCAUUGUAGUUUUUUGAAAUCCCUGCACAGAGAUGAUUUAUUAAAACAUUUAAACUUUGUCUUUUUAUUGUUUGUUCACACAAGUAAAGCCUCUUAUUACCUGAUAUUUGGAUCAUUCUUUAUUCUCAGACAUUUGCAUAAAACAAUACAACAUUUAAGACAAGAAAAACUAAAUGUUAACAUCGAACAAAAGAGUUUUAACGUCCUUCAACAAACUUUUGAUCUGAGAUAAAGUUCCAUACUUAAUAAUCUUCUGUUUAAUGGUCACAAUUCAUAUUCAUUGAGUUCCUCUUGUCUUCCUGUAUCUAAGUUAAAUUCUCUUCAGAGAAAUAAACUGUUUUGUUUCUUCCUGUUGUGAUCAGACUUCAGCUGGUUCAGAUGAAGUGUUUCUGUUCAGUUAUCAGUCGAUCGUGUCUCACUUUGUUUCUCUCUCUUCACCCGAGCACAAAUUUACAUGUUCACACUGUGAAACUGUCUGUGGUUUUCUUGUGUCUGUGUCUUUGUGUUGAGUGCUGACCUCACACCACCGGCCCUCCUCCACCUGCCAGGGCCCUGCCUCUAGGCCAGCAGCUGUAACCCAGAUCUGCCUCCGCUCUGAGGAAUGAAGGGCGUCUGAAGCAACGUCUCGGUGUCUCCUCGCCAUGGCAGAAGCUCUGCCGCUGUGCUACCACGGCGCCAUCAGCAAGAAGGAGUGCGAGGAACUUCUGGGGAAGAAGAACAAGGACGGAGCGUAUCUGAUCCGAGCCAGUGAGACCCUGCAGGGAACCAUGUGUCUGUGCGUCUAUAAAAAGAAGGUGGUGAAUACCUACCGGCUGUUUCAGACCUGUACUGGACAGUACACUCUGCUGACAGCAGGAGGUACGCAGGAGAUGUGUUUUAAGACCUUGGAUGAUCUGAUUCGUCACUAUAAGAGGAAGAACCAGGGCAUGGUCAUGCACCUGCGGCACUCUGUGAAAAGGAAGACGUCCUUGUCGAUCCAGCCCAGGAAACCUCCUGAAGAUCCAGUAGAUGAAGACAAGCAGAGGAUGUUUGAGGAAGCGUCUGACUAUGAGAAUGUUACAGACUCCACCUACGUUGAGGUCCUCCCUGAAUAACUUCUACUUCAACACUUCAGGUUCAGAGUCGCACACUGGAUUUAAUUCAGAAGAUGAAGGAAAGAAAACAUGGAUGAGAUGAGCUUCAGACGUUCAUGUUCCCCAGAGGAUGAAUCCAACUGAGCUACGUUCUUUAUUUUUGAGCUUUUAUCAGAAAAGGGAAACGACUGUGUGACUCAUUUCAUGAAACCAUUUUCAUAUGAAACAAGCAAACUUUCAUUCAUGGAAACUCUUGACCUAUGUAGCUUACACUAUUUAGAGUUUACUGAGCAUCAGCGCCCCCUGCAGCAAAAACGUGGGGAUUAAUCCUGUUGGGCUCCUUGUUGAGCAAUUAAGUGGUUUUCAUGUAGAGAAAAGUCUAAUUCUGUGUAGAUAUUACCCAUGAUCCUCUGCUUCCUGCCCAACAAGAGAAUAUUGAAGAUAAACUCUGAGUGUUUUUAACUGAUCUCAGUUCAGCUUCGCUCUUCACCUGGAGCUGGUUGUGACAGUUGAAGCUGUGACUCUGAGUCAGUUCUUCUCUCAGGAGAUGGAACCCACUCACCAGAGUCACAGAGAACAGACGUUCAGGGAGAGAAGGAGGAAACUUCCUCUUUGUUCACACUCACACAUCAACUCACUUUAUUCAAACUGUGGAUUUGGGCUAAAAACAAAGUUGUAUAUUGUCGCAUUAAAGAAAUUCCUCAGUGCCGCAAAAUAAAAGUCUGUUGUUAUGUUGUCGCUUAUUUUCCACCACAGUCAACAUCAACAUCCAUCGGCAGUCGUUCAGAACACACAGCUUCAGUUCCUUCUUUUGUUUUUUCAAUUCGGAGACAAACCACUUUAACCACUUUCAGUUCUUUGACCUUAAACAGACUCACAGACACAACUUCUUGUUCUGCAAAGAUCAAAUUCACGAAGACAGAAGAAGCUCACACAGAGUAAAGAGUCCUCUUCCCUGCGUCAGGAGAAUAAUGAGAAUAAUGAGAAUAAUGAAACACUGUCUAAGUUAUUAGAUUGUGUUUGGAUGAUGUUCUGCAGAUGUCACAUUUUGUCUGAACGGAUUGUAGUUUUUAUUAAAGAAAGAAAACUAUAAACCUUUUACUUGUAUUCUAUCUGAUUGGUGUGAACUCCUUCACUUCUCUGUGGUUCCUUGUGACCAUCCAUGGUUUCAUCACAGUGUGAACGUGAGACGUGUGAUGUUCAGCAGACCUCUCUGUGUGUGUUCACACACACAUCACCACACUUCCUGUGUGUUUCUCACUCCUCCAGCACGAGCUGACCUGAGCCUGAGUUUGUUCUGUUUGUCUUUGUCACUGAUCAUUUUCAAGCACCAGUUUCUUAAUCUUUACUGAUAAAGGUAGUUUGAACUUUUGUAUGUUU